AAAAAAGAAAGAAAAAAAGAAAAAAAAGGGGGGGGGCGGCGCUACCGCGUCUCUCCUGCAGCCGCGCGCGGGUCCCGCGGAUAUUUACCAGAGGACGAUCCGGAGGGGCACACGACCGGCAGCGGGACCCCCCUACUCACGAGCCCGAAGCAUCUAGGUGUCGCUGUAAAAAAAAAUUCAAAAAAGUAUUUCCAUGCAAAUUAAAUGGAACUGAACUGAACUGAAUUGAGGUCAGAGUGCGUUUGGAUGCCGAGGCCCGGGCGUGUUAUCAGGACUCAGAGGCAAAGAGGCGUGGCCUGCGGAUCGCGGACUGGACUCUCAUUGGAUGGCUGGGGCGAGGAGAAGCGCCGGCCGCAUCAGCUGGUGUCACCUGACCCUGUGGUGGUUUGUACUUUUUCAGCUCUCCCAGCGAAGGGCCGAUGGGGGAGAGUUGCUGGAACCCUGCCGUGGGAGAGACUGCUCUGUGUGUCAAUGUUUCCCGGCGAAAGGAUCUCAAGGUUUGCCGGGACCCCCGGGUUGCCAUGGUCGACAGGGGCCUGGGGGCCCACCAGGGCUCCAGGGGCCACAGGGAGAAAAAGGAAGAGCAGGUGUCAGUGGUGAUCCUGGGGAAGAAGGGGAAGACGGUGACGUGGGCAUGACUGGGGUCCCUGGGUUUCCUGGAGUCGACGGCGUUCCAGGUCACCCCGGGGCUGGGGGUCUUCGGGGUCUCCCCGGACGGGACGGCUGCAACACGUCGAGAGGGGACCCCGGUGUCCCUGGGUUUUCGGGGGCGCACGGGCGUCCAGGGAUGGCGGGACAUCCAGGGGUGAAAGGUCAGAAGGGGGAUCCCAUCUAUGCCACAGCCUCCGCAGGCCCUCCGGGUGAUGCUGGACAGAAGGGAUAUCCUGGUGUGCCUGGGCAACAUGGUGUUACUGGUCCCAGGGGUCCACCUGGCUGGUCAGGACCAGAGGGGCUGCAGGGAGUCCCUGGUGUGCCUGGAACAAGAGGAGCGCAUGGUGACACAGGCCGGUCACUGCCUGGGCAGAAGGGUGAUGAGGGAGAUCAGGGGAUCCAAGGUCCUCCUGGACGCUUUGAGAUCGUGGAGCCCCCAAUCGAGACAUACCAAAAAGGAGAAAGGGGGGAGCAAGGCAGAAAGGGAGAUUGUGGAGUCAGUGGUACUGACGGAGCAUGUUCACCCCCUGGAGAGAAGGGAGAGAAGGGAGUCAUCGGGCUUCCUGGACCUCGGGGAUUUCCUGGCCCCCAGGGUCCACCUGGCUACCCCGGAUCACAGGGACCUUCUGGGAACGCCGGACUUCCUGGCCUGAUUGGCAACCUGGGCCCAAAGGGCUACAUAGGAGACCCAGGACCAAAGGGUAGACCAACCUUUCAGUACAUCGAUCAAAAUGGGGAUGCAGGAAGUAUUGGCAGCACUGGACCUCCAGGACAAGUGGGGGAGCCAGGGGACCCUGGGUGGAUUGGCCUCCCAGGACUACCAGGGCAGUCCCUCAGAGGUUCACCAGGCCGGCCAGGUGGCCCAGGGUUCCGGGGCGCAAAGGGGGUGAAGGGGGACCCCGGGAGGUCCUACACGGUCCCCAUACCGGGACCGCCUGGCCUACCGGGGACCCCAGGGGCCAAGGGACCUCCCGGUCCUCCAGGACCCCCAGGGUAUGCCUGCCUCCCAGGUCAGCCUGGAGAUGAAGGAGACCAAGGCCCACCUGGAGCUCCGGGGGAAAAAGGAAAGAGAGGCUGUGCAGGGGAGUGUUUUUGUGAGGAGGACGGUGCCCCAGGCCCUGUGGGCCCUCGGGGGCAGCCAGGGCAGCCCGGGGUGCCUGGCAGAGAGGGCAAUAGGGGAGAUCCUGGCCCCCGCGGGGACGCAGGAGGACCCGGACACCAUGGAAAUCCAGGGUUCCCAGGUUUUCUGGGGUCAAAAGGUCAGAAAGGGGAACCCUAUGUGGCACACAUUAAAGGGGUGAAAGGUGAGGUGGGCUUUCCCGGUCCCAGGGGCACCCCCGGUCUCAGGGGAGAAACAGGAGAAGAUGGAGCUCCUGGUUUCCCAGGGGACCCCGGAGCACCGGGUGACGGUCACUCAGGGUUGCUGGGUGACAGAGGGUACCCAGGACCAGAUGGGUUCAAAGGCCCCCCAGGACCCGCCGGACCGCCAGGCCCUGGGAUUGCGGGCCCGGUGGGGGUGCCGGGUCCCCAGGGAGAUCCGGGCCCCCCGGGGAAGACAGGGCUCCAGGGAACAAAAGGCGUCAAAGGUGACACACUGCCAUGUAUAAACCCGGAACCCGGCCCACCAGGACCGCAGGGUGACCCUGGGCCAGCCGGUGAUCCGGGCGUUCCAGGCCUUCCAGGUUUUCCGGGACAUUCCGGUUCUGCCGGCCCUAAGGGAAGGAGAGGCGAUCCUGGGUACCCAGGAGUAACCACAGGGGUAAGAGGGGUUCGAGGUGAUCCAGGACACCCAGGCCGUCCUGGGCGAGCCUUCCCAAAGGGACACCUGGGCCCCAAACCUUUACUGAGGGGGAAUUUUUUUGGGUGCUGGCCACCCCUGUGCUGUGGCGUCUCCUCAGGACCCCGAGGACAGCCCGGCAGAGGGGGUCGGAAAGGGGACCAGGGAGAGAGGGGGGACCCAGGCCUGACAGGUCCGCCCAGCCCCUGCCCAUGCCCCUGUACCGAUGAACCUGGGCCCCCAGGCCAGCAGGGCCCCCCCGGGGACAAAGGCUCCCCAGUAGGUUAUCCUGGAGAGAAAGGCAUGCUGGGAGAGGUCGGCCAGCCUGGCAGAGUCAGGAAGGGGCCUUCUGGUGACUUGGGUCCUCCGGGACCACCUGGGCACCCUGGACCUCCCGGCCCCCCAGGAACCUCGGGGGACCCCGGAAAUCUGGGGCAACGCGGGGCGAAAGGUAACCGCGGUCCCCCUGGCAACACCGGAUCUCCUUUACCUGGAAGGCCAGGCCCCAUCGGACGGCAAGGAAGGAGAGGGGAGCCAGGCAUCAAUGGCCCUGCUGGGCCACUUGGACCCACGGGGCCGAAAGGGAGAAAAGGGGAACAAGGCCAACCUGGGAAGCCUGGAUCCAGGAACAUGUUCAAAGGGGUAAAGGGGGACCAGUCGCGGGGACCACAGGGAUUCACUGGUCCCAGAGGUCAGAAAGGGGAGCCAGGCAGCAGUGGCCAGUCCGGCCAGGACGGGUUGCCAGGUUUCGCUGGGUCGCCAGGUCAACCAGGGAUACCAGGGGCUGGCCCACCUGGCCUACCGGGCCAUCCCGGGGUACCUGGAGGCCUGGGGUGCAAUGGGUCACUCGGUUUCCCGGGAGACCAGGGUGACCUUGGGCACAGUGGCCCCCCCGGACCCCCCGGUCCGUUUGGGUACUCCGGAAUGAAAGGUGACAUCGGAGACUCAGUGAACAAUCCGGGGCCACCUGGACUGCCUGGUCCCCCAGGAGAUGGAGGAAAACCAGGUGGUGCGGGUUUGAAGGGUGACAGAGGGGACCCAGGUUUCUCUGGCCUCACAGGGAACAGGGGGGGCCCUGGUCCCAAAGCAUGCCCUGGCCCACCAGGGCCUCCAGGACCACCUGGUUUCCCAGGUCUGACAGGUGCACAGGGGUAUGCCGGCCCAGCAGGGCCACCAGGACCAAGCGGCCCUCCGGGGCCCCCAGGAAACCCUGGCCCCUCAGGUGCCCCGGGACCUCCAGGUAUCGCCGGUCUGGAUGGUCUGAGAGGCGUGAAGGGAGAGAGAGGGAGCAGAGGCAGUGGUGAGUGGGGCCCCAGGGGACCCCAAGGAUUCCCCGGGGACCAGGGACCUACAGGCAGCCCUGGACCCAAAGGCACAUCUCUCUGGGGUCCCAAAGGACAGAGGGGGCGUGAGGGGUCACCAGGUGAACCAGGGCUCCCUGGUGAUGCUGGUGUUCCUGGCAGAGACUGCUAUGAUGUCACCCAUGGACCACCAGGAGAGCCUGGUAAUCCUGGUAGACCCGGGCAACCAGGGCCGCCAGGGGUUAUUGGGCUGCCGGGGACGGUGCUUCCAUUUCGGGGGGAAAUCGGGGAUCCCGGUUUACCAGGACGCCCAGGUCCGAAGGGGGAGGCGGGUCCCAGAGGACUCCCAGGAAGCCCAGGGUUUCCAGGGCCCCCGGGUUCCAAAGGCGCAAAAGGGCUGAUGGGAAUGAUGGGUAUCCCAGGGCCCGGGGGCAUCCCCGGCCCUGCUGGCCCCCCAGGAUGCAGAGGAGACAAAGGGAUGACUGGAGAGCCAGGUGCCAAAGGUCCUCCUGGGGAUUUGGUGAACUCUGAUCCGUUCCCCAGACCCGGUUCGCUGGGCCCCCCUGGUCCUCCGGGGCCUCCUGGUUUCCCUGGCAACCCGGGACCAAGCGGAGAAGAAGGUCCUGCAGGGAGAAAGGGUCAGCCAGGGUCACCUGGAUUACCAGGUACAGUCGGAACCCCGGGACCAGCCGGAGUUCCGGGAGAGCCUGGCAUUGACGGAGUGCGAGGGUUUGCGGGACCUCAAGGGGCCCCUGGUCCGCCAGGUGAGCAGGGACCCCCAGGUACUUCCAGGACCUACAGUCAUGGCUUCCUGUUGGUGAUCCACAGCCAAUCAGAAGAGAUUCCUGUUUGUCCAGUAGACAUGGUCACUAUGUGGAAUGGCUACAGUUUACUAUACCUGGAGGGGCAGGAGAAAGCGCACACACAGGACCUUGGUCAGGCCGGGUCAUGUCUGAGGGUCUUCAGCACCAUGCCGUUCUCGUAUUGCAACGUGGCCUCCUGCGACUACGCCGGGCGGAACGACAAGUCGUACUGGCUGUCCACCACGGCGGCGGCGCCCGCGGCGCCCGCGUCGGGCGCCGAGAUCCGCCGGCACGUCAGCCGCUGCGCGGUGUGCGAGGCCCCCGCCCCCGCCGUGGCCGUGCACAGCCAGGACGGCGACACGCCCCCCUGUCCCCCGCGCUGGAGGAGCCUGUGGGCGGGGUACUCCUUCCUCAUGCACACGGGCUCGGGCGACGAGGGCGGCGGGCAGUCGCUGACCUCGGCGGGCAGCUGCCUGAAGGACUUCCGCAGCCAGCCCUUCAUUGAGUGCCAGGGCCCGCGCGGCACCUGCCACUACUUCUCCAGCGCCUACAGCUUCUGGCUGACGCGCGUGGGCGUGGCCGAGCAGUUUAGCCCCGCCCCCGCCGCCGGCACGCUGAAGGAGGCGUGGCAGCAGCGGCAGACCACCAGCCGCUGCAACGUCUGCAUGAAGGAGUGAAAGAAAACCCAUGCCACCCCCCCAAUCCCAACCCCGCCUCUCAGCUCCCUAACACCACCCCCCAGCCCUGACUCUAACUCCACCCCCAGCCCUGCCUCUCAGCCCUCUAACUCCACCCCAAACUCCACCUCUCACCCCUCUAACUCCACCCAAAACCCCUGCCUCUCAGCCCUCUAACUCCACCCAAAACCCCUGCCUCUCAGCCCUCUAACUCCACGCAAAACCCCUGCCUCUAACUCCACCCCUAGCCCCACCCCCAAGCCCUCUAACUCCACCCACCAGCACUGCCCCUAAGCCUCAUGCUCUCCAAACACUAAGGCUGCGUUUAGAUCUGAGUUUACUGCUUUCUCCCCUUGCUUCAAGGGGGGAAUCCCCGAAUUGCUGAGAUGAAACCAAGUGGUGUUCGGUUCCAAUUUAUGAAAGAGGAGUGCGCAAUUACAUUCCCUCAAUCCCUAAAUUUCCCUCCCUCCUGCCGAGGGUAUAGAAUGCUAAAGGGCUGCUCACGCCCGUUUUUUUCGUUUGUUCCUGAUUUAUCCUCCCUUCCAGAGCACCUGUUAAGUUCACUUGUUGCACGGCACUGUAUGGCUUACUCAAGGGAAUAGAGCGAGGGAAGUGAACGUAUUAAAGUCGAUCCAACAGCAGCUCACAUAAACCCUCCACUCCUGAGACUGCAGACUCCAUAUGUUUCCUCUUCAUUUUUACCCUAGUGCAGCUAAGAAACGGCAAAACACAAGUGCUCAGCUGAAGUUAUUGUAACGCAGAUGUACAUGUUCCUGUAAAUGCAUCAUGUAGCUGUAUCCUUAGUCUGCUGUCUGUAUUUCAGUCCAUUGGCUAUUCCACACAUUCUUUUGAUGCACUAAUACUCCGCUCCAUAUUCUUCUUAACCCUCUGAAGAGUAGGUCUUUUUGGAAUGUUUUUUUUAAUUUGUAUUAUUCUAUUAUUAUAUUUAAGACAGUGUUCUAGAACUCAUUUGCUUUCAGUUACCAGCAGUGAUUGUUACAUCAGUAUUAGAAUGUUGGGUUAAGAACAUUCUAAUCGCACAUAUUUGUGAUCUCACGUCUUAAAGGGUAGGCACUGAACGUUCUGUCGCCCUGCUGUCACUUUGCUUGAACAGAAUUUUUUUUACAGCAUUCAUAAAUCGCUCUCACACAUACCCGACCAUCUGUGCACUUGUGUCAUUUGCUUUGUUAGCGAUUACACCCUGUGGCACUGAAUUUGAAGUGAGUGCGUGUGUAGAUGAUUUAAUUUUAAAAAAGUGUCUAUGCCAAACGUAAUAUAUUUUACAUUUGUGCCAAGUGAAUGCAGUUGUUGAGAUUUUUUAAGCCAUAAUGAUUUCAGCCAGAGGAGGGCGCCAUACUCAAACACCUCCAACUAAGCACUUACUUUGAUUGUAAUUGGUUAGAUUCCUGCUGAACUCACUUUCCUAGUCAGCAGCUUAGGUCACAGGAUAUGUACAAAGAAAACAAUUACACGUCAAAUGCCAAUGGCCAAUGUCAGAGCUUUUUCCGGUUUUUUUUGUUUGUUUUUUUGAAUAAUUAAGCUUUAUGACUACUGAAAAUGAACUUUCUUUAACCUCCAAUGAAUGAAGAAAAAAACCUCAGUUCCUCAAACCAUCGAAGGUAUCUUACAAUUCAAGAGCAUAGAUACUAUAUAGAAACUGUCUAAUUCAUUUACAGUAUAUCACCUAUUAUUGUAAAGUGAAGGAAACAUGCAAGCAUUCAAAAAACUUUCACAGGAUCUAACAGGGGGUAACAGUGAGGUACCAGAGUAUGCCAGUGAGGAAAAGAGACACGCGCAUACUAUUGCAUGCUCCAAGAGCAGUUUAAUGGUUCAAGCAACGCUUUGAUCCGCAAAGGCUUUCAUUAGGUACGGGUAUUGCUCGAGGUUACCUAGACCUGACCAAUAAGGGGACAGAUCUUUGCACCCUUAAACUUGUAAAAGCAAACUGCUCCUGGUCACAGUAACCUGCCGUCAACUUCAGCUGUCUGGUGAAUCGGGCUACGCAGGGAAAGAAACUGCAAACGCUUCGCAAGUGUCAUAAGAUCAGGGGUUAAGAAAUCUGUGGUUGCUGAUGGGCUAUUUUAAAGUCAUGCAUUUCUAAUCGCACGGGCUCGCAGCUAAAGGAGUAAUCAGCUUCUUCGGUCCCAUAUCAGUCCGCAUUUCGUAACUCCACGGCGUCCCUAAAGCCUUCCGUACACAGUAGAGAUAACGUGGAAUUUACGUUUACAAAUAGUGCCGCACAGUUAAUCCUUUAGUUCGACAGAUGCAGUAAUGCCUCCGUACGGGGACAGCAAUCCGUACAGGUUACAGUAUGUCAACGCACUCCUGCACACAGACAGCGCUUGGGUCGCUUGCAGAACUGCACUGAAGUUCAGUGAAUUAAAUGAACAAUAGAAGAUUACAGGUAUUAUUCGACAAAACUGACCCCGAGGCCUGCAAACAAAACCAUAAACUACACGCGUACAUUUCAGACGUUUGGCUUAGUUGAUAUAGAAAACACUGAUUGAUUGAUGUCCUGGCAAAUAUUUUAUUUUAUUGUUUCUUUGUGAUUGUUUUUUUUUUUUUAGUAUAUAAUAAAACAUGCCCUCUAAUAUUUACCCUUUAUAAAGACUGUGAAACCUUCACAUAAACGAACAGCCUCAAUAACUUCAAACAUUUACAUGAUUCUGGACUGGCACACUUCAGUUAUCCAUGAUCAUCUUACCAUUUUUCCCUCCGUAAUGGAGGCUACACUACAAAAAAAAAUAAAAUGAAAGAUACAGCAUCUCAAGGAAAAUCCUUUCUCCACAUAAAAGAAUAAAAGUUAUCCACGUACACAAAGCCUGCCCUUGCUCUGAUAUGUAAACGCAGGCUUGUUAAACAAGUCUCUCUCUCUCUCAAAUUAUUGAUUUCAAAAUGGUGGCAAGUUAUAACAGCCACAUUGAUCCGUGUUUCACGACUACACAGGUACUGUUCAGAAGCAAUGGAUGCCGCAUGUUUCUUAAAACGUGUCCCUGUAGCUCGGUCCUGUGUUCGUUUUCCCAUCUCAGGUGGUGUACAAUUGUGGUGCAGAAGGCAGCUGUAGCCUUGUUAUAUUGUCAUAGAUUUCUAAUGAGCUAUAAUUGAAAUAAACCUGUUCUGAAGAA